CGAGAGAGGGAAAGCACUCGAAAGAGCACUCCACAAGCUUCCUUCCACUCCGACUGCUGGGCCAGCCCCUGGAAGGCCUCACAGCAUGUGGGAACUCCGAUCCAUAGCCUUCUCCAGGGCGGUGUUUGCAGAGUUCCUGGCCACACUCCUCUUCGUCUUCUUUGGCCUCGGCUCGGCCCUCAACUGGCCAAAGGCUCUGCCCUCUGUGCUGCAGAUCGCCAUGGCCUUCGGCCUGGGUAUCGGCACCCUGGUGCAGGCUCUGGGCCACGUCAGUGGGGCUCACAUCAAUCCUGCCGUGACUGUGGCCUGCCUAGUAGGCUGCCACGUCUCCUUUCUCCGAGCUGCCUUCUACGUGGCUGCCCAGCUGCUGGGGGCUGUGGCAGGGGCUGCUCUGCUCCAUGAGAUUACGCCACCAGACAUCCGAGGGGACCUGGCUGUUAAUGCACUCAACAACAACACGACAGCUGGCCAGGCCGUUACAGUGGAGCUUUUCCUGACCCUGCAGCUGGUGCUCUGCAUCUUUGCUUCCACAGACGAGCGUCGCGGAGACAACCUGGGCACGCCUGCCCUCUCCAUCGGUUUCUCUGUGACCCUGGGCCACCUCCUUGGGAUCUACUACACUGGCUGCUCCAUGAAUCCCGCCCGCUCCCUGGCUCCUGCUGUUGUCACCGGCAAGUUUGAUGACCACUGGGUCUUCUGGAUCGGACCCCUGGUGGGCGCCAUCCUGGGCUCCCUGCUCUACAACUACGUCCUGUUCCCGCCUACCAAGAGCCUGGCGGAGCGCCUGGCCGUGCUCAAGGGGUUGGAGCCCGACGCCGACUGGGAGGAGCGCGAGGUGCGGCGGCGGCAGUCGGUGGAGCUGCACUCACCGCAGAGCCUCCCGCGGGGCAGCAAGGCCUGAGCUCGCCGCCCGCCCGGCCCCGAGGCACCCCCGCCCCCGGCUCGGGGGAGCGCCGAGUGACUGCCUGCGGGUCGCCCGCCCCGCCCCGCCCCUCCUCUCCCCAGGUCCGCAGCCGGCCCCGGUACCGAGCAGCCGCUGCCGGGGCUGCGGGGUGGCGGUGAGCCCGGCAGCCCUCCCCCCCCCCCCCCAACGCCUGUCCCCAGGCUGCAGGCAGCGAGCAGUCGACCCUCUGGCCCCUUGCAGGGAGCUGGACGCUUGGGGAGGGAAGGCCGGCAGGCAAAGGGAGGCUGUGGAGGGGCCGACUCGGGUACUGCUGGGGAGGCGGGUCUGGGAAUGGCGCGUCAGGUCUUGCUAGUGGGCAAGUGUGAGUGCCUCUCUGUCCCCAAGUGCACGGUUGUGCACGCUCCUGAGUGUGAGCGGCUGUGCCUGUGUUGGUGCAAGUGUACUGGGUGGCAACCGCUCACUCCCCUCUGGACCCCUUCCUCCCCCACCCGCAAUAAAUCCACUUCUUCUGCAGUCUGAUCACCCGCAGGAGCUCUAAGAGAGUGCUCCCCAGGAGAAGGGAAGGGGAAGGUCCAGAGGCCACUGUAAGAGGGCUGAAGGGAGGGGAGGGCCCUGGUUGCCAACCCCUACCCUGCCUCUCGUGGAAAAUUCCCCUGGGCUGCAGCGCUGGGCCCCAAGAUUUGCCAACAUCCACUGCUAGAGACAGAGAAAUAUCAACCAGAGAAUGGCUCCCCUAGAAGUGGCCUCUGGAAAAAGGCAGGGUUGGGUGGCCAAGGAUGGCCCGAGGGAAGACCUCUUCGGAGAAGGAAGCUGGCGUAUGUGUGCGCAUGCCUGUAUGUGUGUGUACAUCCCCCACAUGCGUGCAUGAGACCCCCGUCUCCAGGGGUCUCCAGCCCCGGAGAUUAGCCUGUGGCAGAGAAAACAAAAGCCCUCUGUGGGCCCCUGGCCUUUGUCUUGGGGAGAGGAGAUUUGCAACCAGACACUUGGUGAAAGGAGACACUGUUUCGCAAGUGAGCCCUCUCUCCCAGCACGCUUGCUCCUCGAUGGCUGGCUGGGCAAGGCAUUCAGGCCCCAGACCACAGGCGCCCUCCCCAGGCACUGUUCUUCCUCCCCAGGAACCUCUCUCCUCUCCCCCCCCUUAAGUUUCCACCAUAGGACAGUUACUGGGGGGAGAGCAGCCUAGCACUGACGGGACCACGGAAGGGAAAUGACCUGUCCAGGCAGAGGUGGGUCUGUGUCUAGAGCCUGGGCUUCUAAAUUUCCAGGCCAGUGCAAUGGUUCUCAAAUGAGAUUAACUGGGAUUAAGUGAGAUGAUGCAUGUAAAGAUGCUGUGUGAACUGUAAUUCCUCAUGCCAUUAGCACGCAUUAUUGAGAUUAUUUCAUUAUUUCCACUUCCUGCGGGGAGAAUACGGAAGGGGCCCGAUCCUCGGCCUCUUUUACCUUCUUUAGUUGGUGGGCAGUGCCAAGGAAAGCCCUGGGACCCCAGGCAGAAGGAGGUGGGCUUGGGGCUGGCCCCCUCCCCGUCCAGCCUCUUAACCUCUCCUGACCCUGAGCACCCCCUGCCUGUUCUCCCAUUUUCUUCCUUCCACCACUCAGUCCAUCCAUUCUCUCCCUCCCUCUCCAGCCUGCUGCAAAGCUAAUCUAAGAGUCGCAUCUUCAGCCCCCUUUUCCAUGCACUGUUGCCUCCAUGCUUCCAAGGCUUUUAUCUGUGUCUGUCCCACAGGGCACCAAGCACCCACUGUGCACCAGAGUCUCCAGCCCCUUCCUGACCUCCACUCCCUUCUGAGAUGGACUGGGUAUGAGGAACAUCUGUGUGACUGUGACCACAUCCUCAUCUAUGCUUUUCUUUCUCUUUUCCUCGACCAAAGCUCCCUUUGGGGUCACAAAAAGGCUGCCCUGGGCCACAGGUGCUAUGAAGAUGAUUGUUCCAAACCCCAGACAGCUGGUGACAGCCACCUGGCUCACUACUCACUACCAGGGGAGGGGUUAUAUCAGAGACUAAAGAGCUAACCUCCAGGGCUGUACUCGUGGUAGCUGAGUGUCCUUGCUCUGGACAUUCAAAGGCAGUAAGGCACUGAGCUGUGGGCCAAUCCUGAACGUGUCUCGGGCACCUCAUCCCCACUCUACCUCACUCCAGCAGAUCCCCCCGGAAGUUGCCAAGAAUUUCUCUCUAUGUCUAUUCCACUUCCUGGAUUGCACCUCCCCUAGAGCCAGAUGUGACAUCCCCACAAAUUCCUGUCCUGAUUGCUCAGAUCGGGAUCACUAAGGUCAGAGGUCGAAGCAGGACUCAAAGUGAUGAGGAUGGAGGGGACCCGAUGCCAACUGACCAUCUCCUGUGUCCCAACCAGUGUGUUGGGUGUUUUAUAUGCACUGGCUCAUCUAGUCCUCUUAAAACUUCAGGUGGGUUAGAGAAGGACAAUGACUUCCAGCUACGUGGGCUUUUAACAUUUCCGGCACAAUCCCUAUCAUCUCCUGUGAUUAUCUCCCAACCCUGUGAGACAGGCGGAACAAACAUCGUUCUUCCCAUUUUAUAGAUUAAGGAACUGCAUUUCAGAGACUGGUCUAAAGUCACACAGCUGAAUGUAGUGGAGCCAAGGCUUGAGCUCAGGCCUUCUUAUUCAAAAGCCCAUGGUCUGUCCCUGCAGAACUCACAGGAGACCAGGUCUGGUCUGAGGCAAGUCCUGGUUCCCUCUUGGGAGCCCCUGAGCCUGUCCAAGCCCAGCCCUCUGUCUUGUGAUGGACACGAUAUCUUGGGGACGGCCACAGCAGGGUAGGGAGUAAAGGACAAAGAACACCAGGCUGGUUUCUGCCCUUGGAAAGCUCCCAGGCCGGAGGAGGAUGGAGGUCAGACACACUCAGAACGAGACAGAGGCAGGGCACCAUGGAGGCAGGUGGCUAGGUUUCCAGGUCCUCGAGCUGGGGACAGAGAAGGCUUUGAGCUAAAGGGAAAAGGUGGCUGACCACCAGGUCCCAGAAGCACCCAUUCCCACAUCCUCACUUUGUGCCUGCAAAAUGUUGCCUUGACGUUGUCUUGUAUCUUUAAGCUGUGAUUCUGUAUAUAUGCAGUGCCUCCCAGGCAAGACUGUAAGCCCUUUGGGGGCAGGGCUCCUUUCGGCUCUUGGAUGGUAUUCUCCUAUCUAUCUUCCUUCCUCUGUCUUGUCUGGCACAGUGCACUGUAAAUAGUAAGCACUCAAUAAAUGCUCAUUUGCCAA